CCCAUCCAUUCAUGAGCAUCUACGAUAGAGGAGAGGACGGGAGUCACUUUACGUGCCACACGGGCUUAACGAUAAUCUUUUAACCGUCCAACAUAUACGGUUUCCACCACGGGUCUCGCAUUCCGACAUACUAAAAAUUGUCAUCUCUAAUCCGACCUCAAUGGCUCAAAAGUCAAUUGAACCGGUUUCACCCGUCGUUCUCCCCCUAUCCGAGUCCUCCGCAUUGGAACUAUGAAACUCAGCCUGCUUUACUUUAAACUCUAUAAACGGCCUUACUAAGUCUAUCACCUUGGCUAGAUUGCCUUAUAUUAAUGUGAUUUGUGCUCAUUUUCGGUUGUACAGCUCCGUUUCGCGAACCUGUGAGGCAUCAAGCCAUCUGUCGAUCCAAGGCUCCCCACGACUCAAAAAGUCGCAUCUGCCAGACAGAUGGACAGGUUUAGUUUGGCUUGACUACACAGAUAUUCGAAGUCCCAGUAGCGCUUUCGCGGUCGGUAUCCACAUCCAGUAGCCUCAACUACUGAGGGCGAUCGCCUCCGACACCAUCCAGUUCCGACGCGCCCAGUGUACGAAGUAAAAAUACCCUUUGGCACGGGAAAUCCCAACGGUUCAUCUUGAUUAUCACAGACAUGGCGUGGAUUUCACUAUUACCAGCCGUACUUAAGCCCCUCUUAACGAUGGAGGUAGUGGUGUCAGUCCAGCGCCUUCCUUUCCCCCUCCACUCCCUUCCUUUCGCUUGAUCGCUUGCUGGGCAAGCCUUCUAAAUUUCUCUUUUUUCGUAUCGAAUUGGAAACCUGACAGCCUUACUGCGACAAACAUAAGGAUGGCAUCUCGCAAUAGCAUUCCUGAAGCCUACCGUAUUUCCGUCACCUUCUGGAUACCGAUGCACUUCACUUCGCUAGCCGGGAUCAUUCUCAUCCAACUCACCACCUGGUUCGCUCGCCUCGUGAGAGGAAGAGUUUGGUACGGCUUCAUGACUUCAUUGGCCAUCUUCUGCCUAUCAAGCUGUCUACUCUACAUCUCCGGUCAACAACCGACAAGCGAUCUUGACCAAGCGCCCAACUAUUUUCUUUGCUUGACGCAAGCUGCCUUGGUUUAUUCAGACGAGCCGCUGGCUAUCCAUAUGCUUCUGUCGCUCUUGCUCGAGCUUUAUUGGAAGGUCUCGUCAGCACAUUCGCAGAACGGCAAGACAUUAGAAAAGCAUAAACGAGCCAGCUCGCCAUGGCUCCUCAUCCUUCCCUACGCCUCGUGGUGCCUCCUGACUAUCGCCUUUCUUGUCUUUGGCCUUAGAAAUCCCAGCAAAGUCGUAUUCAGUGGUCAUAACCCGUACUGCGCGUUAGAUCAAUCUGUUCCACGAAUAUUCAAUUCCGUCGUUUGCGCCAUACUUUUGCUGGCAACAAUGAUUGUACUUGCCAUGAUAGCUGUCCGACUUGUGAUGAUCAAGAUUAACUGCCAAUCGCAGCCUCAAACCGGGGCUUUACCGUCCCUGGGAGAAUAUCUCGGACUUUUCAUCCGCUUUACCCUGAUAUUGAUCUUCGGCGUCAUCGCGGUGAUUAUCAGCAUAAUAUUCGCCAUUGAGGAUAACUCACCUAUUAUGUAUCAUGUUAUCGCUCAAGCCGGUGUGCCUUUGGUAGCCAUGAUCAUCUUUGGGUCGCAAAAGGACGUUUUGUUGGUAUGGAGAGAUUUAGGUCGUAGGUGUUUGGGAAGGGUUAGGACUAUGGGGAUGUUCCGACUCGCGUCAGGCAAGACCUCAAUGACUUCGAAGUGUCGCUGUAGCAAUCCAGUCCUGCACAAAUGCGAAAAUGAUUGA